UCAACUGUCGCUGUCGACAUCGCGCUGUGAUUGAAACGUCAAACUAUUUUGUGUUUUUUUUUUUUUUGUGCUGUGGUGAAUCGUUUCGUGUGGUUCUCAAUUGUGACUUAGGCGCGAACGAGUUCGCAAAUGCGCAGAAAUCAAUCAAAUAGAAACAAAAUCGAAUGCAGCAUUGAAAGUGACAACAACAACAGCGACAACAACGACAACGACAUUUGUUUUUUGUGGCAACUGCAGAGCGUCUAAUGCGUAAGCGGACGUCGAGUGGACGCCCCUCACCCUCCACCUCACAUGUCCUGUAAAAUGUCUGUGUGCGCUCUCACGCAGCCGCCCGUGCCACGUGCCACACGCAACAGCAACAGCAAUAGCAACAAUAACACGAACGCCAACAACACUUCAGGAGCAGCUGCCACAUCAGGUGUCGCUGCCACAACGCCACCAACAACACCGCCAACGCCACCGCCGUCGCCACAAGUGCGCAUCUACGAGGACUUUGACAGGAUGAGCGCCAAGGAAGUGUACUACAACGAGGCUGGCAAAAAGGUCACCGUGAAGCUACUGCAUUUCCCCGACCUCCUGCCCGAGGACAUUGCUAAGCUGCGCUUGGACGAUGCCGACGAUGCCGACGACGCUGACGAUGACGAUGGCGACAGCAUUCGCAGCGGCGGUCACAACAAAUCGUCGUCGUCGCAUCAUGUCGACAGCGAGGAUGCGGGCAGCGAGGCUGAGACAGCUGCCGUUGAUGUGAGCAGCGGAGGUUCAGGUGGCGGAGGCAGCGGAGCUACCAAGAAGAUCUUUCGCCGCAAACUCUCGGGCAACAAUAUGCAGCCGAGAAAGUGCAGUUUGGCCUUUGCCCAGGCGCAUGGCAUUAAGCAGCGGGCGGAGAAGAAACUCUCGAUGCCCACCAUCAGCAUUACGGCCAAUGCGGGGGAGCACAUCAGCCUCUCGUCGGCGCUCGCCGGUCGCAAGCUAUCCCAACAGCUGUCGCAACCGUUGUCCAUGUCGCUGGCGACGCCGCCGCGUCGCUCGCACUCACCGCUGGGCCAGAGUCUGUGUCCCGGCUACAUUCAAUACUCCAAGUCGCUGCUGGAGGUGCCGAUGCCUCGCGAUUACGGCUAUGCCAGCAGCGAUGAUCUGAGCUCCGAGUGGGACUCCGAUGUGUCCACAUCGGCGGCCCCAUCGUCGUCAUCUGCAACGGUCUCGGGUGGCUCAGCCUCGCCCACAGGCAGCACGAAGAAGAGCUCCGGCUGGCGCAAGAUACGCAAUAUAGUGCAGUGGACGCCCUUCUUUCAGACGUACAAGAAGCAGCGUUAUCCGUGGGUCCAGCUAGCCGGACAUCAGGGCAACUUCAAAGCGGGUCCCGAACCGGGCACCGUACUCAAGAAGCUCUGCCCCAAGGAGGAGGAAUGCUUUCAGGUGCUCAUGCAGGAUGUGCUGCGUCCGUAUGUGCCCGUCUACAAGGGCCAGGUGACCAGCGAGGAUGGCGAACUCUAUUUGCAGUUACAGGAUCUGCUUAGUGACUAUGUGCAGCCUUGCGUGAUGGACUGCAAGGUGGGCGUGCGCACCUAUCUCGAGGAGGAGCUAUCCAAGGCCAAGGAGAAGCCCAAGCUGCGCAAGGAUAUGUACGACAAAAUGAUACAGAUCGACGCCCUGGCUCCCAACGCCGAAGAGCACGCUGCCAAGGCGGUAACGAAACCACGCUACAUGGUUUGGCGUGAGACCAUCUCAAGCACAGCCACACUGGGCUUUCGCAUUGAGGGCAUCAAGAAGAGCGACGGCACCAGUUCCAAAGAUUUUAAAACGACCAAGUCACGCGAACAAAUCAAAUUGGCCUUCUCCGAGUUCCUCAGCGGCCAUCCACAUAUUCUGCCACGUUAUAUACAACGAUUGCGGGCCAUUCGCGCCACCUUGGCCGUAUCGGAGUUCUUUCAGACACACGAGGUGAUCGGCAGCUCGCUGCUCUUUGUGCACGAUCAGACGCAUGCGAGUGUUUGGCUAAUUGAUUUCGCCAAAACGGUGGCAUUGCCCGAGCAGCUGCACAUCGAUCACUACUCGGCCUGGAAGGUGGGCAAUCAUGAGGAUGGCUAUUUGAUUGGCAUCAACAAUCUCAUUGACAUAUUCGUCGAGCUGCAGGCGGCCAUCGAAUCGGAACCAUCGACAAUCGCAUCUGGUUCGGGAUCGGGAUCGGGAUCUGGCUCGGGAUCUGGUUCAGGAUCAGCAUCGGGUUCAGGUUCGGUAUCGCCGGCGCCACCUUCCAGUGGCCAAGAUGAGGAGGCCACCAAAUUGUGAAUUGAAAUACUAAUAAUAAUACUACUACUUCUACUAUGAUUUACCAUAGAAAAAAAAAAAAACUAUUAUACUGAAACGUUCCAUGGGGCUGUGCCCCACAACGAACAUUUUCUAGCACAUUCCCCCAAUAUUCCCUCCCCCUAUGUCCCUAAACUAAAUCUCCUAUCUCCGCCCAACAUCACAGCAGAAAGUAAAUGAAUUAAUCAAUUUUUUUCCCAAAAGAAAUCUUAGUCUAGUAGUUGGCAUACAUACAAUUUUUUUUUUGUUUUGUUUUUUUUUUCUCUUAACUGCAUACUUUUAACCCGUUAAGUUUAAAAUCAAAGACUGAACAACAAUAUGCGUAUACCCUAUACAUUUAUAUAUAGCAUAUAUAUAUAACAUACAUACAUAUACAUAUAUAGUAAAUUUUGAUGUGCUGUUGCAUUGCUGUUGUAGUGUAAUUUAUUUAAUGCAAAUUUUUGUUUUCCCACAUUUUACGCUGCACAAAGGCAAAUUGUAAAAGUAGACAAGAAACCGACAAAAUGAUUAACAAAUCAGUUGCAGCAAACGCAAUUUCUCUACUACUUAUAAAUAAUGUUAUUAAUAUUAUGUUUAUUUUGAUUAUCUACUAAUAACAAUAUACUAAUAAUGUGCACUAUUAAACUCAUGUAAACCGU